AUAAUAGAAGAAAAUGAAAAACCCUUUUUAUUUCACAGAUCAAACCUCCCAAUUUCUAAUCGAUCACCAAACAUAAAAAAAUACAAUGGUGAUUUUUGCGAAAAGAUUCACAGGAAAGGUAGCCAUUGUUACAGCUUCUACUCAAGGAAUUGGAUUUAGCAUCGCUGAACGCCUUGGUUUAGAAGGAGCUUCUGUUGUUAUUUCUUCUCGUAAACAGAAAAAUGUGGAUGAAGCAGUUGAGAAGCUAAAGGGUAAAGGGAUUGAUGUUUUCGGUGUUGCAUGCCAUGUCUCAAAUGCUCAACAAAGGAAGAAUUUGAUAGAUGAAACUAUAAAGAAAUACGGGAAAAUUGAUGUGGUUGUAUCUAAUGCAGCAGCUAAUCCUACUGUGGAUCCGAUUUUAGAUGUACCAGAAUCUGUCCUAGACAAGUUAUGGGAAAUCAAUGUCAAAGCUUCUAUACUCCUUCUCAAGGAUGCUGCACCCCAUUUGACCAACGGCUCUUCAGUGGUUUUCAUCUCAUCAAUUACUGCUUAUCAACCUCCAUCAUCUAUGGCUAUGUACGCAGUGACAAAAACAGCUCUUCUUGGACUUACAAAGGCAUUGGCAGCUGAGAUGGCCCCAAAAACUCGUGUCAACUGUGUUGCCCCUGGUUUUGUACCUACCCGCUUUGCUGAUUUCCUCACAAGCAAUGAUUCAAUUAGGAAGGCUAUUGAAGAGAAGGCACUUCUUAAUCGACUUGGAACCACAGAGGACAUGGCAGCUGCAACUGCCUUUCUUGCUUCUGAUGAUGCCUCUUAUAUCACUGGAGAAACAUUGGUGGUUGCCGGAGGCACUCCGUCCCGCCUUUAAUUACACUUGCAGGCCCUCGCCUUUUUGUCUGCACAGCAUUUGAAACAAGAUUAAUUAAUCCCAAUGUUUAUUGUAAUUUCAUGAUUUUGCAUUUUUUAUAGUCUUAUAGUUAUUGAGGCCAGGAGAGAUCAGAGCUCACAGUAACCCCAGAGAAAUUCCCUCCCAUCUGCUGCUGUUAGGAAUUCCGCCACCUAAAUAAAGGGUCUGGAAGAGCAUGGUUAAUGAAUACAAGAAAUGUUAUGAGAAAGCCGUCUUUGUUCCCCAACAAUCUUAACAAGGGCUGUAAAUCAAGAGUGGCUGUUCAAAAAUAUUCAGAUACAGCAGACAAGAAGCGGUUGUUCAGUUCAUCCUAGAUAUAUUUUCUUUUUCUUUUUUUAAAAAGAAAAAUAAAAAGUUGUUGAAAGGAUAUUAUCACAGAAUAGUGCAUUGUAUUCAUAAAUCUAUUUUGUACCCAAGUUUCUUCGGCCUCAA